CUCGUGUGGCUAGGCUCCGCUGCCGGGAUGUCGGGCUCCGCGCUGCAGCGCCUCGCUUCCCAUGGGCGGCAGGCGCUGAGCCGCUGGCUGCGGGGCCGGGAGCCGGCGGAGGGCGAGGCGGAGCCGGGGGGCCGGUGCCCCGGGGGAUGCUGGUGCCGGAGCGCGGUGCUGGUGUGCGCGCUGAGCGCGGGGUGCUGCGCCUGGCUGGCCCUGGCCAGGCACUACCUGCAGGACGUGCUGCUGUGGGUGGAGAGCCUGGACAGCCUGCUCGGGGUGCUGCUCUUCAUCGUGGGCUUCAUCCUGGUCUCCCUGCCCUGCGUGUGGGGCUACAUCGUGCUCAACGUGGCCGCCGGGUACCUGUACGGCCUGGCGCUGGGCAUCGGGCUGGUCAUGGUCGGCGUGCUCAUCGGCACCUUCAUCGCCCACCUGCUGUGCAAGAGACUGCUCACCCACUGGGUGCUGGCCAAGGUGGGGGGCAGCCAGAGACUGGGGGCUGUCAUCCGGGUGGUGGAGGGGGGCAGCGGGCUCAAAGUGGUGGCUCUGGCCAGGCUCACCCCCAUCCCCUUCGGCCUCCAGAAUGCGGUGUUCUCGGUAAGUGUCUCUUAGCCAGAGUCCUCCUUAAACAAUGCUGUAUCCUGGGUUAGCAUUUGUGGCACACCUGUGGGGUGUACAGGGUUAACUCGCACAUCAGUAAUGCCCUCUGGGCACAUCCAGGGUUUAACCGGACUUGCACAGACCUUAAAGGGUUAAUGUGCACAUCCAGGGUUUAACCGGACUUGCACAGACCUUAAAGGGUUAAUGUGCACAUCCAGGGUUUAACCGGACUUGCACAGACCUUAAAGGGUUAAUGUGCACAUCCACGGUUUAACCGGACUUGCACAGACCUUAAAGGGUUAAUGUGCACAUCCAGGGUUUAACCGGACUUGCACAGACCUUAAAGGGUUAAUGUGCACAUCCAGGGUUUAACCGGACUUGCACAGACCUUAAAGGGUUAAUGUGCACAUCCAGGGUUUAACCGGACUUGCACAGACCUUAAAGGGUUAAUGUGCACAUCCAGGGUUUAACCGGACUUGCACAGACCUUAAAGGGUCAAUGUGCACAUCCAGGGUUUAACAAAACUUGCACAGACCUUAAGGGGUUAACGUGCACAUCCUCCUACACAUCCGGGGCUUAAUCACACUUGCACAGAGCUUAAAGGGUUAAUAUGCACAUCCUCCUACACAUCCAGGGUUUGACCACACUUGCACAGACCUUAAAGGGUUAAUCUACAUAUCCUCCUAAGUUUUAGUACUUUUAGGGUUAAACCAGUCUUGAAGUAAUGCGUUCUCUGGCACGUGGAGGAUUAAAUCAUAAACUCAUAUAUAUAUAUAUAUUUUUUUUUAUUUUGGUAGAUAUCAGCCUUCUGCCACAUCAGCAUGAUUUUUUUUGAAACUAAAGUAGUGCAGCCACAUAGAUUAGGUUUCAAGGCAGCCCCCACCAUAGAAGGGAUUUUGUGUUUCCACCUAAACUCAAUGCAAUGUAACUCUUUUUAUUUUGUGUAAUUGUGUGCAAGGCAGUGGUGAAACCAGUGUGCGAUGAACACACAAAGGUUACUGUGUAUAUACAAUAUGUCUGUUCUAAAAAGUGUUGCAAAGAUGUAGAAAGGUCAGUCACCAACGGAAUGUGCCGGCUGGUUUCCAUGGUGAUUGUACCACUUUUUUUUUUUUUUUUUUUUACUAUAUAAAUAUAACCCUAAAUGACUUAAGACUUGUUGUAGGUUGAAUGGAGUUCUGAAAACACGUCUGCAUGGGAUUUUCCUCCAGCAAUUAAAGCUGAUACGUCAAUUUGGCACAAUGUAUGUUUCUCUCUCUCUCUCUCUCUCUCUCUACUUCAAAUGAAUGAGACCUUUAUUGAUCUGAUGAAGGUUAAAACAAAAAAGUUUGAUAAAAGGGUUGUAUAAUGCUGCCUAUCUAUUGGUAAAAAAAGAAAUGCCUUUUCACUCUUUAAGAUUGCACAAAAAAUUAGAGUAUUUAGUUUGUAGGUAGUUACUUUAUCUGUUAAUGCCUAAAACAUUUUUAAUUCUUUAUUUCUCUAUUCCCUUUUAUAUGUAUAUAUUAAGUUUCUUCCGUAAACCAAAAUUGUUGUAGCAAAUUGAAAUCUGAAUGGCAAAAUAAAUGUUGAUUUGACAGCUAUGUAAAAAUACUCCAACUCUUCUUUAGUCUGUGCUUGGCUAUUUUAACCUAAUUUUAUCAUUCAGCUUUAUCUACAGAUCAGAGUUGAGUGAAUUAACUAUAUGCUUCCAUUGAGUUUGUCUUUUUUUUUCUUUUCUUUUUCUCGCUCUCGUCUGGAAAUUGUGACUCUUAACUACACCUUGAUCAUUUUUAAUUUGUUCGGGGAUUUAUGCAGAGUUAAAGCUCUUCUGAUUUAUAACCUCCAUGUUUCUAAUCUUGCAUUGUUGGACCACAAAUUUCACAAUUAUGAGGUGGGAAAAAAACCUGGAAGAGUAAGGUGUACACGCCGGUAAAACAUGAUCUAAUCUAGUUCUACAAUGACUGCAUUAUACGUUUCAAUAUAUUGCUUCCUUAUGGUUUAUAGGUUUGUUUGUUUUUGUUUUUUUCACUCUUCCAUUCCCAAGGGGAGGGUGUCUGAAGAAAUCGCUUAGUGAUAGGUGUGCCCAAUCAUGCAAUCUGAUGAAGUUUGUAGUAUGUUUUUAUAAACUUUUAUGACAUACCAUAUUUUUCUAGCUUUGUUUGGCUUCUAUGUUUGUUUUAAGAGUGUUGGAUUCCUAGUUUAAAAAUCUCAUUGUCAAGAGAUGCAUGUCCCUUUAAAUCUAUCUAUGGCGGCUGCUAGAGGCAGUUCUGCUGGACUGACUGAGUAAAACUCAGUCACAUGAUAUGGAAGCCCACGCAGAAAAGCAUUGAUACAAUACUUUCCUAAUGGAAAGCUUGGAAGGGCAGUAUUAGGUCCCAAGUGCUCAUCUAUGAGAAGCAUUGGAUUGAACCAUCAUCCAGUCCAAUGCUCCUCGUGGAGCUAUGACUCCUCCAUGAUAUCACAGGAGGCAGAGAGCUAAGGUGUGCUGAGACAGCCUUGGUUAUAAAGUAGUAAGCUGGGCCGCACGAUCUACCUUCAAAACCUAAGUACUUAUUGUGGAAAAACACCACUUACCUUACCUGGCCUGCUUACACUUUUUUUUUUUUUUGCUGGUUAUUGGGGUACUCUGCAAGAUCCUAAGCUUGGAGCACUGAGAGCCUUGAGGAUCAGUGUUUUGGACACCCAUUAAGUGCACCAUGGAUUAAUGUUUUUUUUUUUUUUUUUUUAAAUUAAUACAUAGAUAAUUAUGAAAUCAUUGCAAGUUGCACUGCCUCCUGUUUAUUAGUUUAUUUUAGAACAUUUUUGCUGAAAUAAAAUGUACAUCUUAUCUCUGCAGACAUAAAGUUCAAUUAACUAGGAUUACUAGGAUACACGGACAGCCUAGCAACUUAAAUGGUCCCUGGCACUGGCUUACUUUCAGGGGUUUAAUGCCAGCGAACAUUGUAACCCUAAAGUCUUCACUCCGGCAUUGGUCUGCUGUGCCCUCAAACUUUUUUUUUUUUUUAGUCCAAGGCAUCAAUCAGGAAGCCUUGCAGGGGCACUACUGGCUGAGAGCAUAAGUAGCUCCCUAUUUUGAAAACUGAGUGAAAGUAUUACACCACUUUUUUUUUUUUUUUUUUUUAUCUCUGGUUUGUGAAUGGGGAGCUAUUACACUCUCUGCCUAACAGUUUAGGGCGAAAAUGAAAGUGCGUCUGACUUGUUAAUGUUCGAACCCCUAAAGAUAAGCAGGCACCAUGGGCCUCCUCUCACUAUAACAACCUAAUUCUGAUUACAUUGUUAUGGUGUUUGGUGUUUCUUUAACGGAAAUUGUGGUGAGAAGCCACCGAGUAUGUGAGUCUGCCACAUCUUCCCAGAACCCUCUGUUUGUGCCUUCUUUCUCCAGGCAGGUAUGGACCCGUCUGCCUGUGCUAUUUCGUCUCCCAGACAGGUAUCGUCUCCUCUGCAUGUGCAGUUUCUGUCUUUGCCUUUACAAAGGCACUUGCAGCUCCCAGGCCUAGCUGUUUCUUAAUAUGUACUUUGGAUCAGGCAAUAGUGCAGCCAGCAAGCGGGUCCAAAAACUCUCCUACUGGAAUCUCCAAACAAACCAGACAGGAAUUCUGGGUUUGCACUCAAGACCACCCCAUAUUCACAUAAAUUGCACUUAUGGUGACACACUCAAUCCAAUACAAAAUCAUAUGGGGAAUCACACAGGCACUUCUAGAACACAAUAUAAAGGAUGAAAAGACAAACGCUAACAAGAAAUAUAUCUCCCCUGCCUGCAUAAACCAUAAUACCUGAAUGUGCAGGGUCAGGAAUACAAAUGUGGUGCUAUGCAGACUUGCUAGAUCUUUCACAACCAAGAUGUGGUGCAGCUCUGGUUCCACAUUUAAUUCCAUCUAGUUGGUACAGAGCACCAGCAGAACAGGAUACAUUUGACAAAUGACAUUACAAUAAAAUAUACCUAUAAUGGGCACUGGUCAACUUAGACAUAAGACAUGCGGGGACCUACAUACAGUGUCAGAUAUGAUGGUCUGUCACACAAAUCAUUUAGGAAAAAAGGUAAAUUUUGCAUUAAUAUAUAUCCUACAUAACUAACCCUGAUUUCAUGCUGAGUAACCUUUGGACUGUAAUGUAUCCUAAAUAGAAAACUACAUAAUUGUGUUUUUUUUUUUUUUUUUUUUUUUUAAAUCCACCAGUUUUAAAAUUGUAUUUUAUAGCGCUUAUCCUCUUAAAAAGUAACCUGAUAGUAUACAUAACCCUUUUUUCUUAAGGGGCGCAGCUCCAAAACCCCUACAGCUUAAUGUAGUAGUCUUGGUGACUGUGUACGGUCAUUGUGCUGGGACUAAUGUCAAUAUUGCUGUUUCUGAGCAACGACAAUGAUUAACAUUUAUCAGUCCGUGUGCCUAAAGAGGGGAGGCGGAGGGGCAUCACAUAAAAUCACUUCUACUUAAAGGGUUACUCCAUGCAUCACCGCUAUUUCAGUGGUUUGAAGUGGUCAUGGUGCCUGGAGCGCUUCACGAUGAAGCGUUGCACAUGCAGAGUUUAACUGCUUGACUGUUGGAAGUUUAACUCCACCUCCUGCAGAAUCACGUAGCUAAUGUCAAUUCUGUGCCAAUUUAUAUUUUGCACAGUGUGCAAAUCAUUGGCUGAGAUUGGAUUGACCGUUCUGCAGAAGCACGUCAUCACAGCAGCAGGGGGCCAGGAAAAGCCCGGCAGGAAACUGGCGCCACGAUUCUCCUGGCAUCAUAACCAUUACAAUUAAAUGUUCUCUCAAUACCAGAAAAAUCUCAAUAUUAAUUUAUUUCCUUAACCACUGUCUCUUACUGAGAGCAUCAAUCAUGUUUUCAGUGUGUAAUACACAUGCUAUAAGACAAAGCGCUCCUGCAUAGGCUUGCUUCCUAUAGCAGGUAAAAAGUCCCUAACAUUUUGUUGACUUUGUGUAAGUAAAACUUUUGUGUUCUCUCAAAAAAUGGCUAAUAUGUGGGGGUCUCCAGUAUGGUAUUUGAGAUAUUAAACAGAAACACAACUAAAUAUCUGCAAAGAUGGUAAAUAGCAACGGACUAAUCAGUAGAUGGCACCCUAUAAACGGUUGAAGGCAUAAUUGGGCGAGUGGGCAAAAGGGCAAAAAUCCCCUAUAGAAGAGAACACAGUAAAAUAUUAAUAGAUGAUUACUGUUAUGGUCUAAGUGGAAAGGUAACGAGGCCCAAGGGAACAAAAUAACAAAACCUCAAACAAAUGUAUUCAAGUCCUGUCAUAAGAGUGGGGUAUGUCUACUAAACAAUUAUCCAUAAGAUUAAAUCGAAACCAUAGUUACAGUGUAUAUACUCUAUGAAUAUAUUGAUAGGUACUAAGAGACAUUCACCUAAACUCUGCCUUCGAGGACACCCCUCUCUAAAACUCACCCAGUCUAAACACGAUUGGGUAAAUAUAUGUUAAAUAAUUAAAUAUAUCAGCCAAUAAUGGUGUAUUAUAAACAACAAGACUUCAUAGUUAUAGCAAAUGUCCACAGACUAAAAUCUUCCCUAGAAGUCUGAGUGGCAAACAGCAAUAGAUGUCCCGACAUGUGUUUUGCCAAUACCGGGCUUUUCUAGGGGAACAGAAUCACUGUGCUCAAGAGUUUAAAUAGGACACCUUCAGAUUAAAUUUGUACAAUGGCCAAUCCUAGAUCGUCAUGUGUGGGGGGGUCUCAAGGACUAUACCAGAGAUUCAUAUAUUUUAGCCUUUUUUUUUUUUUUUUUAGGUUUUGUGUUCCUUAUUGGACAUUUUUACUAGUUCUAUUAAAGGUAAAGUUUUAUACACAGGAAAGAUUAUUUUCUCACUUAAUCCGUAUGCUUUGUGUACAAUAAAAUCUAAAAGCAGGCGCCUUCCUAACUGCUGUCCGUGACAAGAAAAAAAGGCUUCCUGACCAGGCGUGGGUGUACUAUUUAUACUAAUUUCACUACUCGGUUUCCUGUCCAUUCUGCUGUAAGGGGAAGAGCUAACCCCAUAAGUCAAUGCUGCCAUAGCUUGAUCAGGAAUUUGAUUCUCAGUCAUUUAAGAUUGUUAUAUUUGUCAUGACAGUUAAUCUUUACGACUUUAAAAAAUGUAUUUGCAUAUGGUGCCCUAAUGCUGCCUUACACAUUUAUUGCUGGGCUUGGCACAAGAUUGAUAACAGAGGUUCAUGCUUGGGAACAGACGUGGUGGAGGCAGGAACUGGGGCUUGGCAGUCCCCAGGUGAGAAGUCAAAUCGCACUGGAGGGCUUGGCUUAGUGCAGUCAGGAGCUUCAAGCUGUAGAGUAGCCGGUGUCCGAUUCCCAGCAACUCCAAGUAAGUUGUCAAACAAUUCUUAAACGACUUCUUACUCUUGAAGCACACUGCUGACACUAUGACCACGUCAGUGGGCACUGGUGGGUAUGGUGCUUGGAAUGUUACUUUGUCUUUAUAUAGAGAAGUAUCAUUAUGCUUCUACAUAAGUAGAAUCCUAUUGCCAUGUAUGUGCAGUAGGACUCUCAAUGCUUCUCUGUGGAAAAGCAUUUGAUUUGGAUCAAGAUCCAUCCAGGUGAUCCUGAAGAAGGCAGAGCGGUGGCCGUGCUGAGACUGGAUCUCCGGUGGAGAAGUGGUCCGUUUUUAGUUUAUUUUGCUUUCUAAAGAGUAGAUGUAAUCAGACUGCCACCAGGAUCUCGAACUUCAUAAAUACGUAUAUGUAUUUGUAACCUUGGUUUUCCUUCAAUAAAUCCUACAGAUGUGAAAUCCCAAAAACUAGCUCUUGUAGAUGUUUAUUUGAAAGAGUGGAGAAUUGUUUUCAUGAUGUAUUUGUCAUGUAUCCAGGAUACCACACCAUGCCAGUUAUCAAGUUAUGGUAGUAUGUGUGUCACCUGUGUUUUGUGUGUUUUUUAGUCAUUAUUUAUUUUCUCUCCUAUAUUAAGCAUAUUGGUAUGGGAAGGAGGAAAUCUCCAAACACAUUAACCACAUCAGCUUUCUGAAGUACAUUAAAGUGACGAUUUCAGUAGAAAUGUGCACUUUAUAAAACUUUGCCGAUACAAACUCUGCAUCUCUUAUAGACAGCCAUCCUGUUCUGUUAGUUCCCUGCUGGGUUAGCGCACUCCUGCCUUUAGUACUUCUCAAUGAGCUGUUGUGCCACUCAUCGAGAAGUAAAAUUCAUUUUUUUUUUUUUUUUUUUUUUUGGUCAAUCCACUGGCAUGACUUCAUAGUGGGUUAUUUUUUUUUUUUUGUUUAAUUUGUUUCUGCCUGUCAAUUCCUUUAAACUUUUGGGUUUGUGAAGUCAUUACAGUAAGCAUUGUGUGCUGUGGGUUUUGUUGCGUGCUUUCUGUUUAAUAUCAAAGUCAGAUUUUUGUCUCUUCUCAUGUUGAGAAGAUGAAAGGAAAUAAGUUCUCGGAGGACUAAAUGCUGGUUCUCGAUCUCUUUUUACAAAUGCGUAAAGUAAGGUAAACCAGCUAUAUAGGCAUUUCUAAAGCUGCUUCAUUGUGCGAUUUGUUGACAUAGUGACAAAUGGCUAUCCAUUUUAAUGUGAUCUGACCUGUAUGCUUGCUAUAAAACGUGACUGGCAGACCUUUGACAUUGUAAAAGUGGAUGAACAAAGAUCAUGUUCAUUAUAUUGUCUGUUCCACCUGGUGUGUGCGGAAAGACUUGUGCAAAAAUAGAACGGUUUGCGGCUCUGAGAUUUUCGUAAGCUGCAUUUUUUUUUUUUUUUGUAUAUUAUUAUUUUUUUUUUAAAUUGUAAUAGCUUUCAUUUACGUUAUUUAAGUAGACCGGGACUGAACAGUGUUACACUCUAGGCACCAAACCCCAAAGUAGACAGUACUGUAUAUAGAGUUUCUGGGCAUCAGCGUUUUAAAUGUAAUUUUAUUUAUUUAUUUUUUUACCACGAAUAUUGUGAUUUAUUUAUUUAUUUUUUUUAAUUUUUUUUUUUAUAUAAGCGAAAAGACUAAACAGACAUACAAAAUAAAUUGGUGUGCUGCUGAAGUGAAUAUGACCCAGAAAGCCCACCUGUGCCAAGUAAGCCACUUAAUAAAUUAAAUGAAGCCUGCAUAACUGGAGCUGAAUAAUGUGACCAAAUAUAGUGUAUGUAAGUAUAGCAUAGAAAUUGAGUAACGUUGGCAGCCAACACCCAGACAUGUGCAUAGUCUGGAACUAAUUGCCCUAAUUUAUUAUUUCCCUUCCUUGCCAAGAACUUUUUUUUUUUUUUUAGUGCAUACACUGCUGGAAAGUAAACCAGAUAUGAUAAUCCAGUAAUGAUAUUUUCUGUAAAAACAAAACAAAAUUCCUCAAUUAAAUUCUGCUGAUGGCAACUUGAUUUAAGGGACGCAGCAAUUUGUCGCACAUGUAUAUCUUGUCCACAAUGCUUGCAGUUAGCUCCAAUAAGCUAGAUCUGGCGUGCAAGGCUGCACUCAUGGCUGAGGGCAUCAGCUGAGUGCUCUGUCAGUGAGUGCGGCUCUGCAUAGCCAGGCUUGGCUCGGUGGCAGGAGCUUUUGGCAGCAGGGGAGGAGGCAAUGGCGGACGCAAGCUGGUACCCACAUAAGUUUGCAACGGUUUGACUACUAGCUCUGGUACUUGUACAUACUUUUAGCAUGAGGUGAUAUUUCUUAAUUUUGAAAAACUUGUUCCCUCAAUUGUUAUAAAGAUUAUAGGAGUCGGAAUUCAUAAAAGCAGAUGUGUUCAGUGCUGCUUCUAUCUCCACAUUAUAGUUAAAGGACAACUAUAGUGCCAGGAAAACAAACUCGUUUUCCUGGCACUAUAGUGCCCUGAGGGUGCCUCCAGGGUCCCACUCCUGCCAGGCUGAAGGGGUUGGAAGGGGGGUUAAACACUUACCUUUCUCCAGCGCCGGGAACUCUCCUCCUCCUUCGGUCGUCAUCGGCUGAAUGCGCAUGCGUGGCAAGAGCCGCGCACGCAUUCAGCCAGUCCAUAGGAAAGCAUUCUCAAUGCUUUUCUAUAGACGCUGGCGUCUUCUCACUGUGAAAAUCACAGUGAGAAGCGCCUCUAGCGGCUGUCAGUGAGACAGCCACUAGAGGCUGGAUUAACUCUAAAGUAAACAUAGCGGUUUCUAUGAAACUGCUAUGUUUACAGCAGGCAGGGUUAAUCCUAGAUGGACCUGGCACCCAGACCACUUCAUUAAGCUGAAGUGGUCUGGGUGCCUAUAGUGGUCCUUUAACUCCUAAUUAAACAUUGCAGGAGUUAAAUGUAAUCCUACACGUCUGCCAUGUGCAGAGCCAUAUUUAAAAUGAAUGUGUAUAUACACAAUGCCUGCCAAUACACUGGGUGAAUGAAAUAAUGACACAUACUUGUUGACACAGAGUAUUACUGAAACUAUGCCAUGGUUCCAUAUAUCACUCUCUAUAUUAUAUUACAGAGAGCCAAGGAACUUUAGAAAUAACAAAUAUUGUAUACUGUGGUUAUUGCACCAUCCCUUCCCUUGGUUGUUUUUACACUAUAUUUGAUGGCUUAGUAACUCAGACACAGAUGUGCGCUUUGACUUUAUAUUGCAGGGUGUGUACAAAAUGGACUGCUAUGCCCUAUUAUACAAUGUAGCUGAAGGAGGACCACUUAUACUUGUUAAAAGACUGCUGUGUUCGCAGACUGCUAUUUAUUAGAUCACAAGCUAUAUCACAUAGCUACAGUAGUUUGCAUGGCUGCAUUGUCUCUGUGUAAAAUUGAUGGUAAUGCUUUGGGAAUUUUUUUUCCAGGGAAUUGCCAUCAAUUUCACACAGAGACAAUGCAGCCAUGUGAUAUAGCUUGUGAUCUCAUAAAUAAUAAAAGCAGGGGGAGUCAAUUAUAUCCCCAUAAGGUAAGUGUCCCUAUGCCCCCACCUACCAUGCCAGUUGCUGAAAUUUUUACUGAAGACGAUGCGCACACACAAGAAUGCUUGCUACUUAUUUAAAUGGACGCUGCUUGUACCACAGCAAAACUGUAAUGGCUCUAUGAGAAUGUAAGCCAAUCAUGGUUGCAUAACACAUGCUGAGUAAUGUGUGGAUUAGAAAAGAAAAAUAAGAAUAGUGAGAAUUUAAGAGAACAUUCACUACAGCCUAACAAACAAAAAGUGAAAUUUUAUGGGGAGAAAUUAGAAAGAAAAGAGGGGGGGGGGGGAAUAUAUAUAUUUUGCACCCCCUUCCCCUGACAUUUAUUUAUUUUUUUCCCACUGUGGCGACUGGCGUCCAAGUGCUAUCCAGCUGCCCUAUUAUUAACCAUGGUGCCUCCGAGGGUUUUUUUUCUUGUCAUUUGUCCGCUGCUAAUGCUGCCCAGAGGACAAAUGGUUCUUUAAAUUAUCAAUUGACUUGCAAAAAAAGCAAGUAAAUUUAUACUUUGCGAAUGUGUUUUCCCCUCUUUUCAUUCGGUUCUGAUUUUUGUUAAAAUCAGUGUUUUGUGAAUCGUCUGAAUCCUGUACUUAUCCUAUAGGAUUCAGAUGUGAAAGCACAGAUAUUAAUCCAGACACUGAAUUUGAAUGCGUCCUGCCGAUAGCUUCAAAAUCAGUCGGAUCAAACUAAUUCUGACUGGAAUUAGCUUUAGUAAAUGUGCAAAUUGUCAAUGCAGUCAGAAUUUCAUAGUAUUUAAAAAAAAAAAAAAAAAAAAAUGAAAACAAAAACAUCAAAUGAUUAGUAAAUACCAAACUCUGGGCAACUUUCAAGGUCUACUGAGAAAAAAACCCAAGACCUAGACAAAGUGUAUGAUCUUUAACCCCGUAAAGAUCAAAUGCUUCUCGACCAAUAGAACUAUGCCAAAAUGGAAAGAUACAGCCUUACAUUAGUAAUUGAGUGGGUUAUACCCUUUUGCAAUUUGUUCCAUAAAGUACAGAUUACUAUGGUAACAGACAGUGGGGACCUUACUUGCCAGAAAAAAAACAAAACACUUUUUACUGUUUUCCAUCUCUUUUUUUUUUUUAUGUGCUUUUAGAAUCUCUCCCUUUCGUAACUAGUAGCUCUAGCUGUCAACAGGUGCUGUUAUAUUGAUUUGCACACUAUCAUUCUUGUCUAACAAAUUAAACACAGCCAAGGUCUUUUGGAACAGCCAUUUGCUUGUUCUAGUUCCCUCACAGUAUCCAGUGACUGACAAUCUGGUAUUGCCAGGACGUUAGAGGAACAGAAGUUGUUCUACCGGGCAUGGUAUUUGAGAUAAAAAUAGAGUACCGAAAAAAAUUAUCUAUAUUUUGUGCUAAAAGAGCUUUGCUUGCAAAUGUAUUGAUUUUCAGAUACAGUUGCUAUAAAUGGCUUAUGUCUGCAUUGAUUACAAAUAAAAUAUGGUCUUAUCUUUGCCUUAGUCACAAUUAUAGAUGACUAACUAGUAACAGUUGUACAAUUAAGAUUUGUAUUGAAUACAUUGAGUGAUUAGUUACUGUACAGACUGGAAAAGUAAGUAAACGCUUGCAUUUAGUAACUUGCAGAUCCUCAUUUAUCAGACUUGCACAUACGAGGAUGCAUUUUAUCUCGAGUGCACAAACUCCUUCAGCUCACGACACAGCCUCUCCAUUGGCUUAGGACUCUGGCUUGGCCAUUCCAAACCAUGAAUUUUCUAACUUUGAAAACUUUCUUUAGUUGAUUUACUUGUGUAUAUUGUCUUGUUGCAUCACCCAACUUCUAUUCUACUUGAGAUCAUGACCUACUGUCCUGACAUUCUCCUGUAAAAUAAAUUGAUACACUGUUCAGGUCCUCCGCAGCAAAGCAGCAUGAACCAUGAUACUCUUUCCACCAUGCCUAACCGUUGGGAUGAGGUUUUGGUGUUGGUGUGUAGAGCCCCUUUUUCACUGAACAUGCAGAAUAAGCCUCAUCUGUCCACAGCACAUUUUCCCACGUUUUGGGCAAACUUGAGGAGUGCCACAAUGUGCUGUGAGUUUUUUGACAGUAGGGAUUUCUUUAGUUGAGUCCUGAACAAAAACUUUCUCAAUUUGUAGAAUUUUCUGAAGGUAUUUUGCUGAGUACCUUAGUGUUUUUUUUGAUUUGUUUGUGGUUUUUUUUUUUAUUCUCACAUCUUUCAGGAUUGUAUAUAGUGCUUUUGCUGCUUCCCUCAGGAGUCCUGCAAAGAUCACUGCGACAGUCCUACAUUUUCUCCACCUAUAGACUAUCGCUUUUAAAACAUUUCCCCCAGCUUUGUGCCUCUCUAUAAUGCAUUUUCUAAGGCCCUGUUAAAGUUAGUAGAUCGAAGCAUGGUUCAUGUGUCAGUAACCAGUCUUUGUGUGCUUUUACUUAAAGAGCAGGGCAACUGUGUAACCCACAUUUCCAAUCUCCUCUCCUUAUCUGAACAGACAUUUCAUCUGAUUUUAAAGGCUUACGUCAUCCCUUUUUAAAAAUUUUUAAUUGACAAUGCCCUGUUAGGAAGCUUAGAACUUCCAAUUGCUAAUGCCCAAGUCACGUGUGCCAGUUGGUGUAGAUAUCCCCUGGGUCAAAAGUGCCCAUAUCUGUGGAUGUGCAGCAUUUCAAGCAGAAAUGAUGCACAUACAGAUUCAUAGCACCAUGACCACUUCUAAAAGCAGAUAUGGUCGUGGUGGUUUGAAUAACCUUUUAACUAAAGUUCUUGCUUAGAAUGUUAGUUAAAAGGACCCUCUAAACACCCAUGUGCUUUAUAAUGCAUUUGAUAGAUUUUUGACUUAAUAUGCUGUAUUUUUUGCAUGCUCAAAUCUUAAUAGUUUUUGCGCACCAAAAAUAAAUAAAUAGCUCUAUAAGCCAUACCCUCUUGUGCUAGAAAUUCUUCCUUAUCAAAUGUAUUUAUGAAUAGAAAACAAAACUGUGUGGUGUGGACAAAAAGAGUAUCAAGGUGAUAUAUAUCUUUUAGUGUGAAAACACCAAUAAAAUGUUAGUGAGGAAUAUAAAAAAAUAAAAUAAAAAUGCUUACUCCUAUUUGUGGUGGUCACAUACCAAUAUUAGCCAUAAAAACCCUCUGUAGAUGAUGAUGAUGAUGAUGAUGAUGAUCUUGCAAAUCUUCAUUGUCUUUAAUCACUAAGUGCACAAAAAUAAACAUAGACCUAGUGUAAAACCUUUAACACAAAAAUAAGUGACAUACACUUACCUGCGAUAUAAUUCUAGGAAUUUGAAAUGGUGGCUGCAGAAACCCUGUGUAAUAAGGCAGCAAUAUAAGGAACCAGUUGUAUAUGUAUUAAUAAAGUGAGUACUUGGUAGGUGGUAUCCUUCUAGUCCAGCGGUAUCCUAUCUUCUCAAUUGAUUUCCCAGGUUUUCUGAAUCGUCCAGCGGUUCUGUGACGUCAUUCUUGGUGCACCAUUUCCGCCGAGAACUUAAUGAAUUUGCGUUCCAUCUCCAGUCCGCAUUUGGCCAUAGUGUUCUUGCCAGAAAAUGAAACUAGGGUAAAAAGUAAAAACAAAUAGAGCCCAGAAGGCUCAAACAGAUAUAAGAACUCAAAGUUCCAAACAUAUAUCUUGUCCCUUUACAUCAAAUCUUAUAAAGGCAUGGAUACCACAAAGCACAUAUCAGAUCUGCAAUAUAACCAAAAAUGUUAUAAUAUCAAAUUAAAAUCUAUGGAUUAAGUUUUCUUAUAUUGGUACUUAUAUAAUUAGAGAUUUUUAAAAAUGUAUAAAGUGCUUAUGAAUUGAAGCUAAUUAUAUACUUGAUUAAUCAAGUGCUUUGUGCUAAUAUCAAAUACGGUAUAUGAAAAUCCUCCUGAGAACACAAUCUAAAUUACAUUAGAGUGAUCUAUGAUUACCAAAAGCGAAUACCCUGUUAUUAGCCAUAAAAGCAAAUUGUUAAAUCACUUUUUUUUGUGUAUUUUUUUUUUUUUUGUAUAUAUUUUAUGGAUAAUCCAUACCUAUAAAUAAUGUAAUGUGCAAUGAAUUACAUAGAUACAAAGUGUAAAAUUCACAUAUAGUGUUCAUAGAUUACUUGUACAUUUAUUACAAAAACCACAUUAUGUCCACCUCAGUACAGUUUAAUGUAGUGAUAAUGAUUGGCUGAGAUCAUCAGUAAUGAUGAUCUUACCCAGGGGAGAAGAGACGGCCGCAGCAUUAGUGAUGCACUGGGAUCCUAAAGGUAAGAAAAAUUACUUUAAGUUAGUCUAAAUCGCCUCUACACCACUUUUGGCGUUAGAAACAGUUUUUUUUUUUUUUGUUGUUGUUUUUUUUUACAUCUGUGUGUUCCUUUAGAGCAGGUGACCUUUUGUUGUUUUACUUCGGUACCUGGUUUACCUAAAGCUGGUAUUGUUGAAACAUGUCCUCUUCCAGCAGGUGCCGGCUGAGUACCUAUCUGAUUUGAACCUGAAGAAGACCUUUUUGGCAUCACUAAUCGUGUUAAUCUAUUUUCAGUAUGUCUUUUUGCUGCAGCAGUAAACUUGGCAUUUAUUUAAUACUUGAUGAUUGAUAUAAGGAAGUACAUUUCAUGACACAACAUUAAAAUGCUUGUUCACAUUCCAAAUGGGCAUAUAUUUUAAUCCUAGUUUCCUGUGUACCUUUUUUAUAUCCCUACCAUUUAAGCACAUUUGAUAUGCUUUACGAAUCAUUCGGAUAUGAAAAUCAUACUUAAAGAAAAUCUCCACGGGGUAUUGGGAUAAAAAAUAAAAUUCUAAUCUACUUUUUCUAAAUCUCUAAAGUAAUAGCCUAAUUUACUUGCCCUCAUGCAAAAAAAUUUAAAAUUAGAACGUUCGGGUACUCUGCUUAGACAUGGACAUCAGCAGGUUUAUUCUCUAAGCUCUGAAUUUUCCCUCAUUAAAUUCAAAUGGGAAAAAAUAGGGUAAAAAGUUGAUUUGAAAAAAAAAUCCAACUUCUCUAUAUAGUCAGAACUGUCUAUUUUUGUCUUUGUUUUGCCAUUUGGAUUUAAUUUGUAAUUCAGUAUCUAGCCCUCUGUCCUCCCCUGUAGUGUGUAAUGAGUGUUGGACGUUUCGGCUGCAUACAGUGUGUAUCUGUGCUGGAUCUGUUGCCACCCCUUCCUCCACACUAUGUGUAAUUGGAUAGAGGGAAUAACAUAUUGGGUAUGGUGGCUCUUGGAUCCCUGGUAGUCCAGUGGUGGCUCGCUCCCUGGUGUUCUAGCGAGGGUUGUACAUUCCUGGUGGUGCAGUGUGGAAACCUGAGGUUUGCACCUCCAACCCUUAGAGUGCAUGCUGGGAAUCGCAUCAUCUGCACUCUGACUCACUAUAUAGCGCCAAAACCAUGAGGGAACCAUUUACAGUGUCUGCACCCACCGGAGCUGGAAACCUGACCCAGAGUUUUUCUUCCCAGGCAAUCCAGCCACUUGAUAGGGCUUAAGGUUACAAAAAAAACGAAAAAUUAAAAAAUAAAAACAUCUUCAUGCCUGGUUCCCAGAACUACAUGUCCCGGGCAUCUGGCAAUAAAAAUUCCACUUGCCUCCAACAAUUUAAAUGGUUUUUAGAGGUCUUCUAUUUGCUUAUUUGAGCCUCCUUCUUAAAGGAAAAUAAAGAUGGUCCGGCACUGCUCUGGUGUCUUUGCAGGAGACUCUUCUUCUGAGAUCAUUCUCACAGGCCCUAUUUUGAAUGCAAGAUCUUUUCCUUUAUCUUGCUUGUAGAGAAACCUUGAAUCUAGGUUUCUCUAACUGUUCGGCAGUAGUGAAUGUGAAGGCUUUCAAUUAUUUAAUCUCUAGUGGCUACCUGACAGAUGAGUUAACUGAGCUAAGCAAGUCCAGUACAGGAUCAUGCUCUGCUGACACUUUCAGCCAAUGAACUCAGCUGUGCUAAGUUGAGUGGAGCCAACUUGCUUCUCUGGCAAGGAGAAUCUGGAAGCAGGGCUUCAACCAGAGAUAUUCAGCAGGUCCCAGGUUAGUUUCAAACAGUUUUAAAAUGAUUUUAAUACUUGCAAUAGGCAUGCUGUAGUGGUUAUGCUGCGUGGAGUGUUUCUUUAACGUCAAACCUGUAUUCCUGACCCUAUAAUGUUAAAACCACCAUUUAGGUGGCUAGCUCCCCUUAGAAGGGGUUAAAAAUCACCUCUAUGAGGAAAAUUCAGCGUCCCCAUACAGAGCGUGGAGAUGCUGAAUGGCCGUGCUGCCUACUGUGCAGCAGUGGCCACUAGAGGUGUCCAUAGGUAGCAAUGUAAACAUUGCCUUUUCUCUAAAAAGGCAGUGUUUGCAUUAAAAUGCCUGAAGGUAAUAAUUAUACUCACCAGAAAAACUACAUUAAGCUGUAGUUUUUUUGGUUACUAUAGUGUCCCUUUAACUGCUGCUCACUGUUUAGUAAUUUGCUAGGAAGUUAGAAGUGUCAAACUUUCAAAUCGAUAUAUUGAAGCCUAAUCUAAUCACAACCAGUCGAAUGCUUUUUUCUUUUUUAUGGUUAUAUCCCUAGUGGAUUUCCCUCUUCCACUUUGUGCCAUGCUCACUGUUUGGGUGGGUAGAGUGGGGCACCAGCCUUGUGCCCCGCACUUUUUAGGGCCCCGUGGAUAUAACCCAUACUACGGAAAGACUAUCGUACUGAUAUCUCUGGGUGCCGGGUGAGUGCUGACUUGGCUGCCCAGCACCUAGUCCCAGAAGCUUCAACAUUGUGUAUACUGUAGACCGUUAAUGUUAAAGGACCACUAUAGUGCCAGGAAAACAUACUCAUUUUCCUGGCACUAUAGUCUCCUCCUUCUCUCCGCCUCCGAUCCUCCUCUUCGGCUGAAUGCGCAUGCGCGGCAGGAGCUGCGCGCGCAUUCAGCCGGUCUCAUAGGAAAGCAUUUAAAAUGCUUUCCUAUGGACGCUUGGGCGUUCUCACUGUGAUUUUCACAGUGAGAAGCACGCAAGCGCCUCUAGCGGCUGUGAAUGAGACCGCCGCUAGAGGAUUUGGAGGUUGGAUUAACCCAUUUAUAAACAUAGCAGUUUCUCUGAAACUGCUAUGUUAAAAAAAAAAAAAGGGGGGGGGCUUAAUUCUAGAGGGACCUGGCACCCAGACUACUUCAUUAAGCUGAAGUGGUCUGGGUGCCUAGAGUGGUCCUUUAAUAACUCUACUUGCUGUAUUGAAACAUUUGAGAGAAACAGCAGAUGUUGGCAUGUAAUAGUACCAGCUCCCAGUUUAAUAUGGGGUGAAUGCAAGACUGUGCUGACCUGUUCUCUGCCAUACCAGCAAACAGAGGUCCUACCCCUUUUUUCUUUUUUGAGUAAGGUUAGCAGAUGGGCUAAAUAUAAAUAAUAAAAAAUAACUGCUUGGAUGUUUGUGUGGAUGUUUUGUCUCCGGAUGCAUACGUGUGUGUGUGUCUGUCUAUGAAUAUGUUGAUGCAUGUGAGUGUGUUGCUAAUUAGGUGUGUCAUAAAAAUGUGUGUGUGUGGCUAGUGAUGUAAGUUUGGCGAAUAAUUUCUGUAUGUUUGUGUAGAUGAGGGAGUGGGGUGCAAGAGCCUCAAAAAUGAUAAUGGUGUCCCUGAGCACAAUUUUGAUUCAUUUGUUAAAGACACACUGUAGUCACCAGGACCACUACAGCUAUUGUAGUGGUUCUGGUGUCUAUAGUCUAUCCCUGCAAGCUUUUCAGAGAAUACAUUGCUGCCUAGUAACACCUCUAGUGGCAGUCACUCAGAUGGCCUCUAGAGGUGCUUCCUAUCUCAGUGCUACAUAGUGUGCAGCACACGCAUUCAGAACGUUCCUGAUCGAAGAUGCAUUGAUUCAAUACAUUUCUAUAAGGAGAUGCUGAUUGGUGCAGCAUUGUUUUGCCGUGCAUGCGCAAUGGCCUCCACAUGCUUUCAUAUGGGAAAGCAUUGGAUUGGCUGAGAUAAAGCUUGAUGAUCUCAGCCAUGGAGGCUGAGCCGGAUGCGGUGAGACCAGUUUUGCAUGGGAAAAAUCACCUUUUCAGAGCGAUCGGCUUGGGACUAGUCACCUAAAAUGCCACAUCGGGACUACUAUGUCAGGAAUACAUGUUUGUACUCCUGCCACUGUAUUGUUCCUUUUAAGUUUUAAAAUUUAACAAAUGUAUGUUGUUCUUAUCAACUUAAGUAUACUAACUAGUGACAGGACUUGAGCCCCAAAUUAAAAUGAUUAUUUAAAGGAGUGGUAUUGUAUUGAAAUUUAAGUGUGUACAAGUUAGUCUGGAUAUUAUGAAUUUUUCGGUUGAGAGAAGCCCUACAAUUUAAGGAAAAAAGUAAUGAGACAAACACAAGUACAGACCACAGAAAAAUAACAUGUUUUUGAAAUAAACACUGUUCGGUAACUAGCUGCUCAGUGUUUGGGCCAAGCAGAAUCAAACUAGAAGUAACAUUGUCAGUAAACAGAAAACAUACAUCGUAAUAAAUGGCUGCACGUUUAACUUUUUUUUUUUUUUAUUGUUUCACGCAGAUGUCUUUGGGAGUUACUGACGUUAAAUAGACAUAGGUACCAAUACAAUUUCAGCUUAAUAAAGCAGUUUUGGUGAACAGAUCAUGCCCUGACAGUCUCACUGCACAAUUCUCUGUUAAAGCACUUUGUUUAUGCAGCCUUUAUCAAACCUGUGUCAUACAGAGUGCUCUUAAUUAAUUUGUUAUGGUGCCAGGAGGCUCCCAGGUGCAUGCUUACUUUAAGGCAGGGUUUCCAAAUUAAUUUUUCCAGUGGAACCUUUUGACAUAGUAGACCAACAUCGUGGAACCCCCCAAAAAAAUUUGCGCCGUAGCCCAAUCCUUUUAAUGAGUGGCUUUCUCAUUAUCAUUUUUAAAUAUUUUCCUCAAACUGUUUAGUCUCCUGAUACUCCUGAACCUUGUUUUUUUUUUUUUUUUUGGUUUUUUUUAAACGAAAUGUCUUUAUCUUUGUGCUCUGGGUGGUUUUGCUCAAAAUGACGGUCACUUAGCAGGUGCUUACUUUUCUCAACGGAAAAAAACAGAUCUCACUACCUGACUGCAAUGGAUGCUGUUUCUUAUAAAGCUCUUAAAAAGAACAUAAUAUAAGCAGGAUUUACAGUCUUACAGAUUUAGGAGUCAGUCUUGGAGCAAAAAGAACAGUGUACUACAGAUUUUACUAUCUCACUGCAAAGGAUACUGAUAAACAGUAGUUAUGGUGCUUCGACUGUCACAAACAAAACUAUCUGUUUUUAACAGUUGAACAAACGACUUUAAAGGACCACUAUAGGAGUUAAAUAAAGUUUUUAGUGAAGCAAAAAAUUCAAAAUCUGACCUACUAAAUAAGUGAUAUCAUAAAGAUAGACAGUAAUGUAAUAUUAGGUCCGCGAGUGAAACAUUUUUAGAAAAAGUAUUGAGUUCCUUUAUUUAUAUAAAUUUUAUGUAAUUUCACUGAUCAUAACAAUUAUGAGGCAUUCCUUAAAUGGAUAGUGAAAAAGAAAAGACCUUUUAAUAGAUUUAAUUGCCAGUUAGUAGUGCAGUUGAAAUCUAAGUGGUUGACUGAUAAGGUGUCUCCUGAUAAGUCAAAUCAACCUGUAUAUUUCAUGAGCCUGUGUCUGGUCUUAGUCUUGCCGCCUUCUAUCAUGUCUUAAGAGCUGUGAUCCAGAAACACUUCAGUGCAUGUAACUUCUAUCAGGGUUCAAAAUGUUAAAUUCUGUUACAAACACUGAAAGUUUCUAGUACCAUAAAUGCAUAUGAACAGCAUUUACUUUUUUCCUCAUGUAGGUAAACCAAUUGUAUUGAAUAAGAAAUUGGGUGUCAAUAUAUAGGAUUUUCUUUUUGUAAUAUGGCAUGCUAUUAGCCUAUUUCUCAAGCCAUACCAGUAAGCCAACUUCUUCCUCUAUCCCGGACUGCCUUGCUCUCUGUUAGUGUUCUAGUAGAGAUUGUAGGUGUAUUAGUCCAGUGAUGUAUGUGUCAUCUUGCUCAGAAAUGUUUUAAACUUGAGAAAGGGAGGUUCUCCCGAAAGCUUGUCAUUAAAAAAAAGCUCACUGUCCGCCCCCCCACUGAAUAGCCAAUGCCACUGGACCACCAGGGAUUUAAUAUUAUUAAAAUAAUAUAAUAUUAAAAUAAUAUUAUUUUAUUAUUAUUAUUAUAUUAUUAUUUUAAUAUUUGCAUUAUUUUAUUUUAAAAUGUUUUUUUGUCCCCCCUCCCUGAUAAAUGCUUGUUGCCUGGUCAGGGAGGGGGGGGGAAAAAACAUUAAAAAAAAAAAUAAUGCAAAUAUUAAAAUAAUAAAAUAUUAUUAUAUUUUAUUAUAUUAUUUUAAUAUUUUAUUAUAUUAUUUUAAUAUUAUAUUUAAUAUUAUUUUAUUAUAUUAUUUUAAUAUUUGCAGUAUUUUUUUUUAAAAUGUUUUGUGUCCCCCCUCCCUGACCAGGCAACAAGCAGGGAGGGGGGGCAAAAAAUUGUAUUUUAUUUUUUUUAAAUAAUUUAAAUAUUAAAAUAUUAUUUAAAAUAAUAUAAUUAUAAUAAAAUAUUAUUAAAAUAAAAAUGCCCUCCCAUCACCUAGUUUACACACACUGCAUUCAUUAUAUACACACACAUCACACACUGCAUUCAUUAUAUAUACACACAAACACACACUCUGGAUUCAUUAUAUACACACACUGUAAAUAAAUAUUCAGUUAAUGUAAUUUUAUUGGGAUCUAAUUUUAUUUAGAAAUUUACCAGUAGCUGCUGCAUUUCCCACCCUAGGCUUAUACUCGAGUCAAUAAGUUUUUCCCAGUUUUUUGUGGUAAAAUUAGGGGCCUCGGCUUAUAUUCGGUCGGCUUAUACUCGAGUAUAUACUGUAUCUUUUAAUUAAAUUACACAAUGUUUCAUAGCCGAGGAUACUCUAAUUCAGUGUUCAAACAUAACCGUAACAAACUGCCAGACUUCCACAGAGUUGUCAUUGAUUUCCAAUUACAUAGAAACAUAGAAUGUGACGGCAGAUAAGAACCAUUCGGCCCAUCUAGUCUGCCCAAUUUUCUAAAUACUUUCAUUAGUCCCUAGCCUUAUCUUGUAGUUAGGAUAGCCUUAUGCCUAUCCCACGCAUGCUUAAACUCCUUUACUGUGUUAACCUCUACCACUUCAGCUGGAAGGCAAUUAAUGCACUAUCGCUCCCCCUGCUGCAUCACCUACCUCCCCUUCCCCCCCCAGCCCCUGUAAAUAAAGGGUUUAAAAACCAUUACUUAUCUGGUUCUAGCACCGAUGUCCAUUAUCACUGGGUUGAAGCUCAGCCCCCUCUGACGUCCCUUGACGAGCAGGCACUAAUGCUCUGCCGCACGUGCAUUAGACCUUCCCGUAGGAAAGCAUUGAACAAAUGCUUUCCUAUGGGGAAUAAUCUGACGCUGGAUGACCCUCAAAGGUCUGUUUAAACCAGGAAGCCCUCUAGUGGCCGUCUGACUUAGAGCUGCAAUGUAAACAUUGCAUUUUCUCUGGAACUGCAAUGUUUUAUAUUGCAGCACUAAGUGCAAUAGGGACACUGUAGCUAGACCACUUCAGUUGGUGAAGUGGUCUGGGUGCCUCCAGUGUCCCUCUAAAAAGUAACAAGCUUCCUUUCUGCUGGUGGCUUUUCCUCUCAAUCUCACCCCAGUAAAUGCUAUAGACACAUUGACUGUGGAUGAUAAAGGUUUGAUACUGAAGCAAUAGACAUAUCUUACAACCUAUUCGAACCAUGACCACAAAGGGGGUUAUGUGGUUUAAACUGUGCCUCUAUCUUCAACUAGGAUUUGGUGUCAAAAACCUUUUCUAACUGUCAUAGUAAUGUAAUUGCUCAGAUGUUUGGAGAGAGAUAAUGUCAUAGUUUUUGUAUUUUAUUGUACUCUAAUGUAUCAAUGCAAUGUUUUGUGGACCUAUUACAUUGAGAAAAUCCUGUUUUUUAAAACAAAUUUAGCUUGAAUAGAAUAGACAAGUUUUCAGAUAUAACAAUUUAAAUCUUGAGCAUUGUGGUUUGACAAAAUAUUUAUUGUUCUUUAGUGUAUGUGGAUGGUUCUGGAUGAUUAUGCUAUAUCAUGGUAUACAUAGUACUAAAUGUGAAGAACACAAAAAUAAACUCUAGUUAGUGUAACAACUCAAUUGACUAAUGUACCACCAGUAGGACCUAAGAAACCUCCGGAUCAUAGGUUCUGUAACCAGUUGGGCAAACUCAGUCUUUCAUGUUUCCGAAGUAUGCAGGAGUUCUGUUGGGAAUUAUAAUAAGUAUGUCUGCACCAGAUUCCAUUAAGUUCGAAAAAUGGUUUUCUAAGCAUUCUGACUAAAUCUUCUUAUAAUUAUUUUUUCUUUCUUACAUUUUCCACAUUGUGAUUCUCAGGAAUAUGAUGUUAUAGGCAGACACACAUGGGAAUAUGUAGGAGUUUGCACACUAUAAUGUAGCUAAAAAAAAAAAGUUUACCUUGUGCACCAUAAGUGCAUAGAUUGCUAUGGCAGGCAGUGUUACUUGGCAAUAUUUGUCUUCACAUUUCAUCAACUGGUAUCCGUGAACGUAGUUUGUAUUAACAGCAUUAUAUAUUUUUGUGUAUUUCAGAUUACAGACCUCUCAUUACCCAACUAUCUUGCUGCUUCCUCUGUGGGCCUGUUUCCUACUCAGCUGCUUAAUUCCUAUUUGGGAACAACAUUGCGUACAAUGGAGGAUGUCAUUGCAGAACAAAGUGUUAGUGGAUAUUUCGUUUUCAGCUUGCAGGUUUUUUUUUUUUUUUUUUUCUCUUUCUGUAAUCUGUGUGUUUUUUGGCAUAUGACACAUGCAUUUGUUGGCUUAAAUGUAAUAGAACAUCCAGGCACUAUAACAACUACAGUGUGCUCUAAUGGUCAUAGUGCCAGGAAUGCCCUAGUGCUACGGGUUUAACAACAUACCUGAAGUCUGCCAGUGUCCUCCUUUUCAGAGCUGGAAACUCUGCAUUGAGGUAUGCCUGGAAGUUAAGGGUUUAUUAAACUGGCUGAGAAUGAUCCGCUAAAGCUCACAACCAAUGUACUCCGCCUGCGUUGCAGAGCUUAUCUUGGAAGAGGUAAUAAUGUAUGGCUUUCAAUGGAGGAAGCUUUCACUUUGCCAGUUUCGUUUGUCUGUAAUUACCAUAAUUGUCUGCUGGCUGGUCUUGCGAAGGCCUCCUAAACUUACCAUAGCUAGAAAACCAAGGAUUUUUAAGUUGCUAUAGAACACGUUUUGUGAGCAGAGCAGACACGACUCACAGUACAUGCUGCUCAUCCGAUUGCCCAGUACAGCUUAUUCAACUCUAUUUUUGAAUUAGCAUUGGGAACACUUAUUUUGGUACAUGAUCUUCCAAAAUCGUAUCCGUUGGAGAAUACUUACAGAUAUAUGGACAUUGUAAAAUAUAACCCAAAAAUAGGCAUAUAGUCAAAAGUUCCUCUUUCUAUCUGAAAUUUUCAGUUUAUAGUUUCUGAUAAAUUAGAUUGUUCACUGAUUGUUCUGUAUUUUCUUCAAUUUCUUUAUUUGCAUAGAAAAACUGCAGCCCUUCAAGACCCUCUCUCCUGCCCCCUUCCCCCAAAAAAAACCUUUGAUAUUUGCUCUUCUAUCACAUAACAGGAAGUACGCAGGUUUCAUUUUUAUUUAAAGUGUCAUUUUCCUUAUUGAACACAUGCAGUGUACAUUCAGUGUAUGUCCUGUUUUAUAAUUCAUGAGUGGAUGUAGCACCUCUUUGUAACACAACACUAUACAUCAGACUCUGCUUAAUUAAAUUUUAAUCAUGUGCUGUAGGAGCAUGUUUGCUCUGUUUGCUCAGUACAGCUCUAAUUUAUAGUGUUCUUUAGUUUGCAUUAGUUUAAAAAUAACAUUGAUUAUAUUUAAAGGGUUACUUCAGGUACCAUCCAAGCACCAUGACCACUUCAAGUCACUGCAGCGUUUCACCAUAAAAUGCUACAAAUAUAAAUUCAAGCUCUUUGCUCCCACUACGGCAGAGUUAUAAGCCAGCCUGGAACAAGAGUUCUGGGCAGGCGAAUGUCAGUUCUGUCUAUAUUGGACAUCUGUCAUCAGCAUGUACCGCAGUCUGAGAACAGGUGACCAAAGAAUGCAUGGUAGUCGGAAUUGUCUGUGGUCCAAGGUUGGGUACCUAUGGAAUGUUACUAUCACAGAUAUAUACUUUGUUCCAGACAAACGACUGUAUCAUUUAAAUUGUUGUAAAGGCUAUAUAUGCAAUUUAGGCUUCUAUGAUGUGUACAUGUAACUCGUGUAGUAGAGCCCCUCAGAGAUUACACACAGUCUCCAGACUCUCUCCUCUCUGAUGGCUUGUUGAUUCCUGUGACUUUGUUGGCAGAAGCAGAAUAAUAUUUCUAAUCACAUUAUUGAUCUCCGUGAUCAAAAAAUCUAGAGUGACUGCCUCUUUAAACUAUGGCAUUUACACCUUUUUGCAGACAGAUGAUGAAAAAGAUGAUAUAAUUUAUCGAUGGCAAUUUAUUUUUUGUUUCAUGCUAUGAAGGCUGUCUACGGUUUAAUCAGUGCUUUAAAAAAACUGUCAUGUCAUGAAGUGUUCAUGUUGUCAGGUGAGCAUGAUCUCCAGGGCUAUUUACUCUUGAGUACCUGUUGUUCCAGAUAAACUUUAGUCAGGCGAUUCCCCUCUCUUUUUUGUUUUUUUUGUUUUCUCUGUAUCAUAAUUUUGUAACACAUGUUAAAUGCAUGUUUGCAGGAAUUAUUACUUAAAGGAUACCUAAACAUAUGUACCCCAAAAUCUACACCUCUGGACAUACUGUAUGCUGGGCUACAGUUAUAUGAUAAUAUAACAAAAUAAAGGAAGGUUGUGCCAAAAAUAUUUUAAUACCACAAGUAAAAAUUCUCUCAAUAAAAACAGAUCCUAAAGAAUAAUAAAAAAAAAAACAUAGCUUAAAAAAAAAAAAGGAAACGGUAGAAGUAUAAAACAACAAUAUUAGAUUGUAAUAGUUUGUAGAUCUUAUGUAGUCUUACUCACAUUUUCCAGAACUAAUACUCUAUACUCUAGUGUAAUUGGCAUACAGUGGUAAUUAUCCCCACUUAUAGGAUAUGUGUGAAGAUGUAAUCUGAUAUCACAGCAGCGUUGUGAGCAUAAAACACAUAAAAAAAAAAUAAAAUAAAAAAAAUAGAAAAACAAUAGUUCUCUCUGUAUAGGAUAAAUCAGGAGUAAUAUAUAGGUGUUUUUACUACUAUUUAAUUGAGCAGUCAAACCUGGAAUUAAUUGUUUGGUGAUGCCAAACAAUAUAAAAUUAAGACCAAAUUGAAGUAAAAAGGAAUGUAAAACACUCACGGUAUAAAAGUAGCCAAUAUCCCUUUUCUAAAAUAUUAAAAUAAUCCACAAUGUGUUUCACCAGACAGGACUUUAUCAAGUAAGUAAGUGUGUGUGUAAGAAAUACAAACAUACUAAUAUUGAAUUUUGUGCCAACUUGACGUCAUCACCACGUGACUACAUCAUAAACAUAAAAUGUACAAAUUAAAGUUACUAUCAUUUUUUUUAUUUUAUUUUUAUUAUUAAUAAAAUAACUAUGUAUGAAAAUGUGUGGAAACUGAAAACCUGUUAAAAACAAAGCUUUGACGAGUGAUUACUAUUCCGCAUCACUUGGUCUUGCACUAUGGAGAAACUUGUUUAACCUUAAUUUGCCUCUAGUGUGCAAGAGGACUGGUAAGCGCACACUGGUAACUAAUCAGAAUUGCACAUGGAGGUCAGAUAGCGCUGGGUUUCAAUAUCUUUACAUUAGACUCCCUAUGGAAAAAAUUUCACCAUACACCAAGAUCGCUUUGCGCAUGUAUUUAGCACUCUGCAAUCUCUAAGUUAAAUGCAACACAACUCUGAUGUGUGUUAGACAUAUGGAGCUUCAAAGUCUACAGAUGCACCUGUGCCUCGACAGGCAAACAGUUGGUGGGGGCUCUGGGUGGAGUUGAUCUUUAUAAAGCUAGGAGGGGAGGAAACUAGGGAUGGUUACUGCAUUUUUUUAAAUUUUUUUUAACCUAUUCAAUGCUACUUGUCCAGUGAAAGAAGAAAGGGCUUCUAACCGUUUGUGAUGACUCUUACUUGGCCAUUUGAAAAAUGUUUGUUUUUCCUCCCUGCUCUCAAUGCUGAGCAGAAAAGACCUCCCACAUGAGGACCUUCUAUUCUUCCAAGCAUUGCAACCACAGCACAUGCACCGUAGUUGCUAUGGCAACAUCCUAGCUGGUGCUAAUAGCACUGGUUAUGGAGUAUAAGAACAGAGUGACAUGCUGGCGUCGUUGAGAAGGCUUGCCCUGCUUGGAGAAGCGUCCCUAUGCAGGGCAAAUCAAAGAAGACCAGAGGCUGGGUGGAGGACAGGCCGAAGUAGUGUGUUGGGCUGCACAAGCUGGUAGUGUUGUGUAGACAAUAAAUGUAUUUAUCCGGAUCACUGCCAGGGCAAUAUUUGAGACCAUAGUGUAAAGAUGUUCGCUUUUUUUGUUCUUUUAUCAGAUUCAUACAAUUGAUCUAAAAAAAUAAACAAUAAUAAAUUCUAUAAGUCAAUUUUGCCACUUAAAAGAAACCCACAAAACAUGUUUUUUGUUUUGUCUCUUUUUUAUUUAUUAUUAUUGGUAUUUAAUUUGAUAACAAAAUAUUGCAUCUUUGUGAAAAUGCUCAUAAAGUUUGUAUUGGAAUUUCUCUGAAAUUCUCUCAUGCAUGUGCAACAAUAUAGUGCUGAAGUUAACUCCUGACAGAUGAAGUGUUAGGAGCCGAAAAGGACCUCAUGAAAGAAUAUGGGGAUUUCUGCAAGGGACAGGUUAAGAGAAAUUAAAUCUACCUUUCCUGCUCCCCAUGGACACCAUAAUGCAAGUGGAACAGUUACCUUCUGAGUUAUUGCAGAAGUUGACUGAUUAUUUAUUUAAUAUGUGCCUCCUCUCCUGCAACUGUCAAAAAAUAAAGUUCUCAGUGAAUACUUUUUUAGCAACCUAUUUCAUUACCCCUACUUAUACCCUUUGUGUCACUAUACCCCACUCCCUCAAGCAUGUAAGCACAUUAAGCCUGGCCCUCAACCCCUCUGUUCCUGUGCGUCCAUUUGUCUGGUUACAAUUACAUGACUGUUAGUCCACCCAUUGUACAGCACUACGGAAUAUGCUGGCGCUAAAUAAAUAAUAUAAUUGUAUAGCUUUGCAAUAUGCUGAAUAGCUGUCUUUAACGGCAUAUAUUUAACGGUAAUAACUUGUUUCUGUCUUUAUCCACAGAUUGUUAUAAGCAUAGCUCUUAUGUUUUAUGUUGUCCAUCGAGCUCAAGUGGAGCUGAAUGCAGCCAUUAUAGCUUGUGAAAUGGAGCUAAAGACAUCUCUUAAAGGCAGCCAGCUCAAUGGCAAUGGACCAGCAUUGUGCAACAAAAGGACAUUGCUGUCUUCUGGAGGAAUCAACAUUGUAUGAUUGUUAAACAUUUAGGUUGUUCUAAGCCUUUUAUUAUAAUUUUUUUUAUUUUUAUUUUUUUAUUAAAUUGCCAACAUCAUGGUUUCUAAGGAUCACCAUUCCUGUUCCUGGAUGGAGUGCAUGUUAUUCCCAAAAACAUUUCCAGAGAACUUGUACACAUUUCCCAUUGAUGAAAACAUCUCAGCAAAUUUGAAAGUUGGAAGCAUUUCUGCAACUUUAUCUUAUGUGUUCUAAGACCGAUGCAUAGCACUUUUCUGUGUCGCUCUAAAAUGAAUUGUUUCUGGGCCUCUUUAUUUAUUACUACAUAUACUUAUGUAUAUCAUUUUUAAGGUGUUCCUGUGUUGUGAUUAUUUUUUUUUUUUUUUUGUAUUGUUAGAUACCUAGACAGUGUUUUUUUAUAACCACAGGACCAUUUUCUUCUAAGUGAGACAAUUUAAACUUAAACCCAAACUAGUGGGACAAAGUGCUCUUAAACCAGAUUGUUUGUUUUUGUUUAAACUGUGCUAUCGGAGAUGAAAAUCUGGAGUUUAUAGAUUUCUGUAUGUUAAAGCCAUGGCUGCUGGUUGUGCAUUGGGUGUAGACCAGUGAUGAUAUUUUAUGGUUUCAUUGUUUGGUAAGCCUGGGAAUCUUGGUUAUUAAGCAAGCCUGAAGCGCCUUCUCCAAAAUUGAUAGUUCUGUCCUAUUGUUAAUAAGCCCCCGAUUUUCAAGUUAAUGUUACCACAAAAAAAAUGCAGAUGAAGAUCACUUCAAGCAAGUAAUAAAGUCUAUAUACUGUGCUAGUAAUAUUGUAAAAUAGAAAUAUUGUAAGGUUACUUACUGUGAUGGCCACAAACUAGGUGGUGUGAUGCUCCAUUUUACAUAUGGGUGCUGCGACAGAUGCAAAUACACCCCUUUUGGCUAUCCUGUGUGUAGGUUAUGGGGCCAGCAUAGAAGUGUUAUCUUUACGUUGACUAGUCACAAAAAUCUUUUCUGUGUUAAUUUAAAUAACUUGCUAAUUAAACAGAGUCCUCUUCUAGCAUUCAAACCCAGCUACAGGUAAUUUAGAUAUAAUUAUCACUUGAAGAUCAGAUCGGUUUUCACUGUGAAGGUUGGCCUUUCAAAAUUACAACUUUAAAACCCUCUAUAAGACUGUUACUAGAUUAAAAAAAAAAAAAAGAGAGCAAACAAUGCCAAUCUGAAAUUACCUGUAGCUCGCCACAUUCCAGUGUACAGAAAAAAGUUUAUAUGUAUUCUCUUUGAUUAAUAUUGUCCCUUUGCAGCAAGGGAAACCUAGUUCGCUAAAUCUCUGAAAUGAUUGACAAUGCCGAUCAGGCUUACAAAUCAACAUAAGGUAUGGUCUCAUUUUCAAGUACUAGGUGAUUAGCCAGGGUACCUGAGAACGAUGCCACUGGAGAUAUACUGUGUUUACUUGCCAGCAAUUUGGAUGCCGCAAUAUAUAAAAUUAAAUAUUGGGUAAAGAUCGCCCCCUCGUCAUAUUAAGACAGGUAAACGCUCUGUCUGGAGAAUUCCUAGGUUUCUUUCUAGAACCAUUAAUAGUCGCAAUAUUAGGGCGUUUAAAAUGUAGUAUCUAUAUUUUUCUACAUACAUAACAAUAUGAUUUGUCUCCUGUAUACAAAUUCUAUAGAAUUUUGAUGUCCAUAUUCAUUGCUUCUUAGGCUUAUACAAUAGCAUUAGACGUACAUACAUGAUACAAUUCUUGUGAUUGUAUAUUUGUACAUUUACUUUAAUAAUAUCCCUGCUAAUGAUGGACGGUCUGCAACAAGUUCUAAUGAGUGGCCUUUAACUUUUUAUGUGUCUUUUUUCUUUUUUUGUCUUUUUUUUUUUUUUUUUCACACGUUUUGAAAACCAGCUUUAAAUUGAACAUAAAACAUACAUUUGCUUGGUUUGUUGUGUUUUUAAAUUUGUAAAGUACCGUACUGUAUGUUAUACUGUAUUUUGCACAUUAUUAUCUUUUAUUUUUAAUCGUGGACGAUAACAGCUGAACGAAAAAUUAGUCGGGACAUAAAAAUCCAAUUCAACUCAGGACUUUCCAAAAUGUGAAUUUACUUUAUCAAUUGCAGUCCAAUUUUGGAAGAUGGAACAAUAUUAAUUUUGUUGUUUGACUUGUAGAAUGUAAUGUUGCAAAAACCUUGUAGUCUAGGCUUCACUUCUAAUUAAGGAUACUGUUGCUUAAGUCCAAUUUUCAAAGCUUGUGUAAUAGGAUAUAUAUAUAUAUAUUUGAAGCCUGUUUUCUUUUUCAUAAACUUCUAAUUGAUUAGAAAUGAAUGAAUAACUUAAAUUGUACCUUGCAAAAUUAACGCAAAGGGAAACUAAUUUCAUGCGUAUAUUGUGCAAAUCUAAUUGCAAGCAAAUGUAUAGAAAUGGCUUGAUGGAGAUGACAUUUUAAUUUUUAGUUGUACAAACUACUACUGCAUUGACCAAUGAGGUGUUCAAAUAUUCGUAUACAUUUUGCUAUUCUUGUGAUAAAGCCCUCGAUGCUGUGUUUGCAACUGUGUGCAUAGAAUUCUGGAAUUUCAACCCAAUACUUUGUGGAAUGAUAUACAUCUAUGUAACUGCAUCGACUCUGGAGUAUCAUUUAAGCUAUGUAUGUCAUUUGGUGGCAAUUUCACUAGCAUGGUGUAAAUAUUACAUUGUUCCAAUGUUCAUGUCCUACGCUACUUGUAUCAACAGCAAAAACAUAUGUGAGGAAGGUUGAACUUGAUGGACGCAAGUCUCUUUUCAACUAGGUAACUUGUCACUGCAAGUCUGGAGGGUCCAUGGCUCAUUCACCAAGGGUUAAUUUCUACUUGCCAGGGCCAAAUUUUUCAUCGCCAAUGGCUCGUUGAAAUUUUGAGCACUGAUAUUAUAGCUGAUGACUGGUCCACUUUUAUCAUUAGCUAACAAUAACAAAGCUGUAUACAUUUUUUAUUUUUUUUUUCCUCUGAGACUGCUGUGCAGAAGAUAGAACAUCUCAUGAAUGCCACCUAUACACAUGCCUUCUGUAUCUUAAGCGCCUCUCACAACCCUAUUGUAUUUAUUUAAAGAGACAAAAAUGUUUUAACCCUUUUCAAAGCAGAUGUUAACAUUUACUAUCCCCUUUUGUACCGUUUGUCUCACUUACUUGGUUUACAGAGAUUUGUUCCAUGCUUAAUCAGCAGUCUUUCAAUUUGCUAUUCCGCUACCACCUAAAGGUACACUAUAAGUAUCCAGACUAGUGAUGUCCCGAACGGUUUGCCGCGGACAGUGAACAUAAACUUUGACCCUGUACCUCACAGUCAGCAGACACAUUCCAGCCAAUCAGUAGCAGACCUUCCCUCCCACCUCCUGGACAGCUCACUAAGAAUGUAGCUUCACAAUGAAUGUAAAAUGGAUGCUGUCCAGGAGGUGGGAGGGUCUGCUGCUGACUGGCUGGAAUGUGUCUGCUGACUGUGAGGUACAGGGUCAAAGUUUAUGCGAACCGUUCGGGACAUCACUAAUCCAGACCACUUCAGCUCAUUGGUGCAGUGUCUCUGUCCUACUUAGGCCAGCAAUGUGAAAUGUUGCAGUUUUAGAGAAUGUUUACAUUGCAGUACUAAGACAGCCUCUAGUGGCUUUCUACCAGACAGCCAUUAGAGGCACUUCCGAGAUUCUACCGGACUUUUGGUCGCCUGACACAUGCCUCACGUCUGUUAAAUCCCCAUAGGAAAGCAUUGAGUUGUGCUCGCCUCAAAUAUGUGCAUGUGUGUUAGUGCCCCUGCCCCCAUCGGGUGACGUCUGAGGAGGCGGAGCCUUGAUCUCCCUGGGGUAAGUGUUACAAGGUAUUUUUUUUUUUUUUAAACCCUUGCAGUGUGGGGUGGAGGAGGGUUAGUGCAAGGAAGGAUUGGUCAGGGGGAAUUAUAGUGCUAUGAAUACAACUUUGUUAACCAGUUGCUGCUUCUCUGUUCUGGCUUGUGCCUUUUACCUCAUUACUAGCAGUGUUCGUUUUACUAUUUCUAAAUGUCAUUUGCAUGUAUGUAUCUCAUUCUAAUUAUGUGUUGGUUCUUUAGUGUUUUUCUGAAACCCAUGAUGGCAUUGAUGACUUCUUAUGUCCAAAUGUUAAUUUGUUCAAUAUUUUUAUUAUAUAUUUUUUUGUUUCCAUCCACUGCAUUGAUUUUAUCUGUCACCAGCACUCCAGGAUUAAAUUGGCCUUUUGCAUUUGAGGGUUUUUUUUUUUUUUUCCUUCCGUAUAUGGAACACAGAGGGAAGGAUAUCAUGGACCAUUCUAGAACAGGGAUAGGCAACCUUCGGCACUCCAGAUGUUGUGGGUUACAUACCCUAUAAUGCUGUUACACCCACAAUUCUGGCAAAGCAUCGUGGGAGGUGUAGUCCAAAACAUCUGGAUUGCCAAAGGUUGCCUAUGCUUGUUCUGGAACAUCUCUGAUAAAAUGGCCCGAUUAAUCAAUGUACACUUUUAGAAAUGAGACUGCCAUACUUGGUAAGACGGCUUCAUUUUCAAUGGGAAAUGUAAUCAAACAUUUUUAACAUAUUUUUUUUUUCUGUCUUUCACUUGAUACUGUUUUUGUUAAAUUACAUCAUAAUCCAGUUCAGUCACUUAAAGCAUUGGAAGAGCAAAAACCAAAAACUGUGUAUUUGUUUCUCCUCUUCUGUCAAUUAUUAGUCUAUGCCAACUGAAAGGGGUAAAGAGCAAAAUCUAUAGCAAUGGUUAGUACCAUUCCCCUUUAAUAUCCUAAUGUAAUCUGUAUUGUGUGUUCCUAUUGCUUAAGUAAUCCUAGCCAGCUCACUAUCGCAUGAAGAUGGCAGAAGUGGCCAUCUUGGGAAUCAGAUACGAAUAUAUUUUUUAACCUAUAGAUCAUCUGGUUAUUAUGCAAUUGCAAUGUAAAAAUGAAAUCUCUAUACCUAUAUAAGGCUGACUUUAUCUGUAUGUGGUUGUGUGAAUGACCAAGACGUCUUUAAGCAAAAACCACCUUUCUUUUAUAGAAGGUGAUAAUGUGAACUUUAUUACUAAUAAACCAUUUUUAUUUCUGCUUGUAUACAGCCCUAGCAUUGUCUGCCAUCUUCCAAUACAAUAGAUAUGGCUGACAGAACAUCAUUGGGCAUCUUAUUCAAGUGACCUCUUACAGUUAUCCCCCGUACAUACUACUCCUAGGGUUGCACAUGUUUGUAUGAAAGGUGCAAAUAAUUGUCAGUGUGUGGUUUUUAACUCAACCUUUUCUUUUAUCUACCAUUGUGUAACAUUCUUUAGAAUAGGAAAAAUAAAUGAUCUCUCUCCCCCACCUCCUCUUUUUCCUUAUACGUAUGAAACAACCUUUUGAACGGUUGUGCAAUUCACCAUAUUUGUAUGGUGCAGAGCACUUUGAAUCUGAGACGAUCGUUAUUGGCAAUGUUUUCUAAUUUGUGUAAUUUUGCAUUUUGCUUGUAACUUGUGCAAUUAAGAAGGGACAUUGGUUCAAAUGUAUUUUCGAUCAUAGUUUUAUAUAAGAAUUCUUGAAACUCCUUAAAUAAAUCUUAUGCAAAUAGCUUUUAAAAUGCCUUUUACAGUCUGUGUGUGUGUGAAACUUAAUUUAUAUAUAUUAUUAUUUUUUUUAAAUAACUGCUAGAACAUGCAUUUCUAGAAUAAUUAAUUGGAUGGGGUGACAUGUGGCUUUAUAUGCAUAACUGAGAAUUGUGGAAAACUGACCAAUUAUAUUGCAUUUUUGCAGUUAUCCUGUCAAAAAAAAAAAAAAGGACAAUUCCCUUGUCAAAUGUCCACACUUCCCAGUUUAUUUAAUAAACUGUUGUGUUCAAGUUCUGCAUGACUAUCAGUAUUUCGGUAUGUACAGUGCCCUCCAUUAAUAAUGGCACCCUGGGUGAAUAUAAGCAAAGCACUUAAAAAGUUUCUUUAUUGCUUAAAAAUUACACAAAAAUAGUCUGCUCUCAUGAACAUCUAACAGUUGCAAACCCAGGUAUAAAAAAAAAUAUUUAUAUAUAAUUGACCCACUUUUUUUUUUUUUUUGCAAUAAUUUGUCCCUUUGCCACCCACAAUAAGAGUCUUAUAAUGCCUGAUAAGGUUGGAGAAUACAUGGCAAGGGAUCUGAGACCGUUGCUCCAUACAGAAUCUUUCUGCAGGUUUUCUAUGGGAUUUGAGUCAGGGACUGGGAUGGCUAUGACAGGACCUUGAUUUUGUGGAUAAUAUUCCUGCUGGAAGAUGCAACCACGGUCCAUUUUAAGCUUUCUAGCAGAGUCAGUGGUGGUGGUCAUUUAAUAUCUGAUAUUUAAUAGUGUUCAUGAUGCCAUGUAUCCUAACAAAAUGUCCAGGUCCUCUGCCAGAAAAACAUUCCCAAAACAUUAAAGAGCCAUCACCAUAUUUAACUGUGGUCAUGAGAUUUUUCUAUAUGGAUACCUGUCUUUUAGCUCCAAACCCACCUCUGGUGUUUACUGCCAAGAAGCUCUUUUUUGGUUUCAUCUGACCAUAGAGACCGAUCUUAUUUGAAGUUCCAAAAGUGUCGGCAACCUGAAAAUGCUUGAGUUUGCAUGAGAGUAGAGGCAUUUUUCUUUAACCCCUUAAGAACCGACUGUUUUUGCGAUGUUGUACAUUUGCGACCAGGCAUCUUUUUACACUUUUUUGUGAAAUGUUUGUGGUUAGCAGUAAUUUUCCGCUCUCAUUUACUGUUCCCAUACAAAUUUUAUAUAUUGUUUUUUUAGGACAAAAGGGGCUUUCUUUACAUACCAUUAUAUAAUCUCAUUUAAUUUAA